CUUGCCAUCAGGCGUUGGAUCAAUGCUGAGGAGUCCGUGCAAUGUAAACCGGCCACCUGUACUAGGGCCUAGGGCUCUACGUCUCUACAUCUCUCCAGAACCCUCCGGCAAACACUCAAGGCAUGUUGGGCAUGUUUUAAACCAGACUCUCCGGCAAACCCUCGAACAAAGAAGCUCCAGCAAACCCUUAAACAGAGAAGCGGGGACGUUCCAGGCCAACGAAAGAAUCAUCAGGAACAACGCAAAGGAGAAAAACCAAUCAAAUCAUCAGGCUCAAAGGUGGUCUGCCAUCAAUAAUGCAGGUCAAAAUCACUCCAUUUUUCAUGGCUUCGGCCAACAAAAUGAGCUCAGGCAUCUUCAUAUGCCGGCUCCACCCCACCAAAUCUCGCCGAUGGGAACCUUAACCUUGCCACCCAUGAAUCCAUGGAGGCCCAACUGCCCAAGGGGAUCGAAACAAGCUACAACAAUUCGGCAUCUGAGAGGGAAACAAAAAGUUACUGCUGCUCGAUUUGGAUGGAGAGAGACCACCUAUUGCCCUUGUGCUCUGUGGACAGGGGAAGGGAGAUGGUGUAGGCAACGGCAAGGUUACCUACUGAUGUUAGCCUGCAAGUGGGAGAUCUACAUAAGCUUCCUGUUGCUGCAUUUGCUUACUGCUCUUUAUGCUGGAUGUAAUACUGCUCACAAAGUGACUAUUGCGAUUCCAUAAUACUAUAUAAUAUUUUACACA